AUGGCUGAUAAGUCAGAGAGCGGCUCUUUGGAAAUCGAGCAGUUUGUCUUUUUCUAUAAGAUGCUGACGCAGAGGGAUGAAGUGUGGAAGGUGUUCCAGGACUACUCUGAAGAUGGAGAGAAGCUGAUGUUGGAGGAGCUGCAGAGCUUCCUGAGUGUGGAGCAGCACGAGGGAGAGCAGAGCGCUCAGCACGCCCAGGAGCUCAUCGAACGCUACGAGCCGUCUGAGACAGCCAAGAAGCAAGGCGCCAUGUCCUUAGAUGGCUUCCAGAUGUACCUGUGCUCCCAGGAGGGCUCCAUAUUCAAACCCGAGCAUCAGGACCUUUACCAGGACAUGAGUCAGCCGCUCAGCCACUACUUCAUCUCCUCUUCACACAACACCUACUUACUGGAGGACCAGCUACGGGGACAGAGCAGUUUGGAGGCCUACAUUCAGGCUCUGAAGAGAGGCUGUCGUUGUGUAGAAGUGGACUGCUGGGACGGCUAUGAUGGGGAUCCUGUUGUGUAUCAUGGUCACACUUUGACUUCAAAAAUCCUCUUUAAGGACGUCAUUUCAACGCUUAAAGAAUACGCCUUCAGGGCGUCCGAGUUCCCUGUCAUCCUGUCGAUUGAGAAUCACUGCAGUGUGGAACAGCAGACGGUCAUGGCCCAGUACCUGAGACAGAUCCUGGGGGACAUGCUGCAGACCACCCUGCUGGAUGGACAGGUCCCUCAGCAGCUCCCAUCUCCACAGGAACUGAAGGGCAAGAUUUUGCUAAAAGCCAAGAAGAUUGGUGGCCUAGAAGAAUAUGUCGAUGAAACCUGUACAGAUGAAGUGAGUGAUGAGGAAGAGAUGGCCAACUGCGAUGCUGAGAUGGCUUCGACAGAAGAUUCACCUGACAAGAAGUCUAAAGCAAAAUCCAAAAUGUCCAGGGAGCUGUCAGACCUGGUGGUUUACUGCAAGAGCGUGCACUUCGACGGCUUUGAGCACGCCCGUUCACACGCCAAAUGCUACGAGAUCUCCUCUUUCUCUGAAUCCAAGGCCAAGAAGCUUGCUAAGGAAGCAGGGACGGACUUUGUGCAGUACAACACACGGCAGCUGAGCAGGACUUACCCCGGCGGCCUCAGGACAGACUCAUCCAAUUACAACCCCCAGGACAUGUGGAGCGUGGGCUGUCAGAUAGUGGCUUUGAAUUUCCAGACAGCCGGUCUGGAAAUGGAUCUAAAUGAUGGGUUGUUCAGGCAGAAUGGCUGCUGUGGCUACGUCAUAAAGCCCGAUUUCAUGAGAGAUGGGAACACUCAGUUCAGUCCAGAUAAACCUGAGGAGCGGGAAGGAUACAAACCACUCCGCCUAUCCAUACAGGUGAUCAGCGGGCAACAACUGCCAAAGGUGAACCAGAAAGAAGGCUCUAUUGUUGACCCGCUGGUGCGAGUGGAGAUCUACGGAGUACCACAGGACCAGGCAAAGGAUGAGACCAGCCACAUUAACAACAAUGGGUUUAACCCCGUGUGGAAUGAAACUCUAGAUUUCACCAUCCACACCCCUGAGCUGGCGCUGGUUUGCUUUGUGGUGGAAGACCAUGACAAAGCAUCAAGGAACGACUUCAUUGGACAGUACACUCUGCCCUUCAUGUGCAUCCAACCAGGAUAUCGUCACAUACAUCUGCUGUCUAAGGAUGGAACAGCUAUCCCGCCCUCAUCGCUCUUUGUUAACAUCAGCAUUUCUGAGCUCACAUGAAGAACAACGAGAAACCAGAUGUGGUCACAAGGACGACAUGGAGCAGUACUUCGAUCUGCCAACGCUACAUAAGACUGUCAAAAUGAACCACAGGGAACAGAUCAUCUCAGAAAUCAGCAUUAUUGAAUUUGAGUUUUCAACAGUGACAAAGUGGAGUGCAUCUCUUUUAAACCAAUCUAUAAUUUUUAACCACGGAAUAAGAUAAACUAGGCCAUGCAGUACUAUUUAUUUAGGGUUUUAAGUCCAAUAUAUGCAACUUUACAUUCCAGAAAUUGUAAAAAAUAUUUUAAAUGAUAGAUGUGAAAGUAAGACAAAAGACUGCAGCAUGUAGAGAAUGUCAAAAUAUCUGUAACAGUACUGAAAGGUUAGAUGUGGGGGAAAAAAGACAAAUCUCAGUAUUAAAAAUCCAGAAAUAUACUCACAACUUUGCAUGAAUGACUUAUUUCUAAUGAAUGAAUGAAUGUUCUACAAGGCCAUGUUGUGUAUAAUGUAAAUAUGUCUUUGUAUGUAAUUUUCUGAGUGGUUAAAAACCUGUGCGUGAAAUUCAGUUGUUCAGAAACAUUUGUGGCUUGUUCAUUUUUUUCCCAACCUUGUUUCUAGAAAUUUGGGGAGCGUCUUAAAAUGUAAAUUAAACAGAACGCAAACACUUGCAAACAGUUGUUCAUCCAUCCCAGCUGGGACAGGGCGAGAGGUGAGGAACACCCCGGACAGGUUGGCAGUCUGUCACAUGGAGACAGACAACCAUUCACACAUGACCUAUUCAGAGUCAGCUGUUUUCCCAACAUACAUGUCCUUCAACUCCCGAGUACCCGGAAAGAACUGACAUAGGAACCUGAAGUGGAUUCAAAUUCAGGAGCUAAGUAUAAGAAACCCAGCAUUUAACAGAAAAUUGUAAUAAGUCAACAUGUCGAAACAGAAUUUAAAAAAAAUUAUCUAUGCAUGCAAAAUAUUUCAGAGCUAAUGGU